CCGGCGAGCAGACGGCCCUUGCGACGCGGAACAAUCAAACGCCCCGACGACAAGAAUCGGUCGCUUCCGACAUCAAAUGUAUACAUAAACGUGCCUCGUCAACCACAUCGUAGCAGGACCUGCAUUUGCACACGAUGCGCCCCUCCCUCUGGCUCGCGCUGCUCGCCGCCUGCGCCACCGCAUCUGCAGCUCCCCGCCGCCGCCUUGCGCGGCGGGGUUACCUCGGUUGGUACAUCCAGGCCGAUACGCCGACGUCGACGACGCCCGGCGCCACCUUCCAAGAGGAGUACCAGGGCGAGUGGUACGACCUCGACUCCGACCAGACGGGCGUCGAGCUCGAGGGCAAGUACACUACGGAAGCGUAUCGUCUGAAGGGCUACAAUAACUCGAACGUCCUCCUUUCGGUGAACACGUCGGCUACCCCGUUCGUGUGGUCUACCGAUGCUCCUGAGGUCUCCGUCGACGUCAACGCCAACAUCCACACGACCUACAACGUGAGCGUGACCUCGAAGAACGCCGGAAAGACCAAGACUAUCCCCAUCACGGGGACGUCGUUCAGCGUCUCCAACGUCGAGUGCGACGGCAGCAUCAACAUCACUGGCAUCGUCACGUACUCGAACGGAACCUCGGUCAAGUCGGAUGCUGUCGACAAUUGGAACACGGGCGUCUCUGGUUCCGUCACUGCCAUCAAGAUCGUGGCGAACGGGCCCGCGGUCGGCGACGAGUCUUACAACAAUAGCGUGAUCAACUUCACGUUCAACGGCAGCGCGCUGUACACCGCGGAGUACGGAAAGGGACCCGGUCUGCCCACGGUCACCGCCUCCCACGGCAUCGAGGUGCAGUUCUGCCCCGACUGAGAGUGGCGGUCCUUUCGUCAGCGGACUGGUAGAUAUAUACCCCUCGCACCUAUGAUACCUGACAAUUGGCGCAAUUCGGACCAUGCGGAACACUCGUAGGUCUUGCAGCCAAUUGAGGAGUCAAAGUCUGGUUGAGAGUGGGAGUUUUGAAACCGUAUAACGCAAUGAGCCAUAUAGUAUUGUCAGAUCAUCAACCUGGCCUCUAUAUAUCAAGAGAUGAGACCAGUAGAGGUUGCGUCGCGUCGCGUGUGGUCUUCAAAAGCUUGCACGCAAUCAACCAUUCUGCACCGGCCAUCAACCAUUCUGCACCGGCCAUCAACCAUUCUGGGCGAAGUGCUGCAAGGAG